AGGCAGUGGAGAGAGAACAGGAGAGGGACGACUACCAGAGAGAGGUCCUCAAGCUGAAGGAGGCCUUGAAGGAGAAGGAGAAACACUUGACCACUGGACAGAGGCUGAAAAGAGAGGUUGAAGAGUUGGAGGAAGCCCUACAGGAGCGCAGUGAGACUCAGACGGAGGCUCGCCAGCAGCAAGACAAGCUCCAGAAGGACCUGGAGGAAAAAGACGUCAACGUUCAGGAACUGCGCUCCACCAUUGACCAUCUGGAGCGUGAACUGGAGGUCAAGGCCACUGCUGAACAGGAGGCGUUAGAGAGAGUGACUGGUCUUGAGGAGGAGCUCUCUGAGGCUCAAGCCGCCAUUGAGAAGCUGACCCAGGAGUUGAAAACUCUGCCAGCAGAGGGCAGCAGUGAGCGGGUGGAGGACCUGGAGAACCAGCUAGAGAUCAAGACAAGCUCAGAGCAGACUCUGAGGCAGCGGAAAGAAGAACUGGAGACAGAGUUGAAGAAACAGCGCCAGCUGGAACAGGAGCUGACCCAUGACAAGGACGCCCUCCAACAACAGGUGUGUGACCAGCUGGUCCAGAUUUCCUCCCUCAAGUCUCAGCUAGAGGAGCAGAGACACAGCGGUGUGGCUGACCCCGGGGUGGACAGGGUCCAGCUACUGACCACACAGCUGGAGGAGGGGCAGGACGCACUGGACGGGAAGAACAGACAGUUGGAGGAGCUGGAGCAGGAUCUUGGCAGUCUGAAGACCCAGCUGGCUGACAGAGACGAGCAGAUCAGUCUGUUGACAGCUCAGCUAGAGCUCACCAAGAAUGAGAUGGACCAGUCUGGUCUGGAGAAGGCGGAGAAGAUGGAGGAGCUGGAGACGGAGAGAAGAAAGUUGAUGGCUGAUAUUGAGCGUCUGAGAGAGCAAGUGGACACCACCCCUAUGCCCGAGUUUGCACAGGCCCUGCUGGCCGAGAAGAAUGAAGAGAUAGAACAUCUGAACGCCCAGCUACAGCAGACACAGCAGAUGGCAAGAGACAAACAGCAGGCAGAUGAGGCAAGCUACCUGACGGAUCUUCUCCAGGAGAAGGAGUCCAGUAUAGAGCAGAUGUCGCUGCAGAUAGAGAGCCUACAGGGAGAGCUGGAGAACCUGACUGAUUUCCAGAGCAAACUGCAGGAAGACUACGACACCGUUCAGACAAUGUUGGAGGAGAAGCAGAAAGAGAUCGAAAACCUCAGCAAAGAACUGGAGGAAGCAAGACCCAUGGGAGCCACGCCUGAACUGCAGCUGCAGUAUGAACAGCACAUUAUUGUCUUGGAGAAAGAGUUGAAAGAAAGACAAAAUAUAAUAGAUGAGAGAGAGGAAGAGCUGUAUGUGUUGAAUGAGCAAUUAGAGGAGAAGGAAGAAACCAAGAAGAGUAUGGAAGAUCUUCAGGGCAAGCUACAGCGUGCAACAGAAGAACUUGACAGGAAGAAUGCAGAACUUCAACAAAGAGAACAAGAUAUAGAAGAGCUGCAGAAGAAGCUAUCUGAGGCUGCCAGAGAAGAGGCAGCGGCACCUGCCCAGGAUGAAGAUCAACAGUCUGAAGCAGACUUGAAGCUGAAGGUCCAGCAACUGGAGACUGAAAAAGAUCAACUUCUCGCCCAGUGCCAAGACACACAAGACAAGCUAACUAGAACUGUGUCAGAUCUGGGAGAGAAAGACCAGCACAUCCAGCAGCUCCAAGCCCAGUUCCAAGAAACAAAGGACAAACUUGUUGAAGAGCUAAAAGAAAAAGAGGACCACAUUCAACAACUCAAGUGGCAGAACCAGGAGUCUAAAGACAACCUUGUUGCUGAGCUCGGAGAAAAAGAGCAUCAGAUUCAGGAGUACACAGCUCAGCUUGAAAAGGUUAAGAAUGAAUUAGGCCUGUCGAAACAGGUGGUGGAGGAUCUAAAAAGGAGCCACCAGAGGGAGCUGUCAUCUGCAGAGUCGAGGAGCAAAGAGGAUAUCCACAGCCUGCAGAAGAACCUUCUGGAAGCCCGAGCACAGCUCAGUGUCUACCAGGCGGGAGAUGCUGGGACCACAGCAAGAACUAUGGAACAGCGUCUGAAGGAACUACGCCAAGAGCUGACUUUAGAACACGAGCAGCAGUUAACUCACGUGAAGCUGGCAGCAGAAAAAGACACUGCUGUGAAGUUAAAAGAAUUAAAAGAGAAACUGGAAAGGGAGGUAGAGCAGUUACAGGAACAGCACCAGAGAGACUUGAAGAACGUUACCUCAGUGACACGUCAAGAGGUGCAGGAGGCACACGAGAACGAAAUCCGUGAACUUCGCACUGAGCAUGCUAGAGAGGUAGAACAGUUGCAGAAGAUGCUGGCUCCUGAUGCAUCCGUGACGGAACUGGCGAGACAAGUGGAGAAGGAGAUAGAGAAAGGAGAACAGCUUGACCAAAAUCUGCUGAGUCAUCUUGAACAGCAGCGACAGGCAGGCGUAGGGGGAGAUGGCAGCACUGACACCAGCAUGGCGGAAUCCAGUCAAGAGGAGAUACCUCCAAGGCUAAGGAGUCUGUUAACCAAACUCCAUGGUGAGGGUAUGGAGCUCCUGGCACUGUCAGAGAUCAAACCCCAGGGUCGCCACACACCACUGCAGGCGGACCUCGACACCCUGAGACUGGCGUGGGAAAACGAGAGACAAAACCUGCUGUCUUCUAUACAGUCACUCAAAGAUUUACUUGCUCAAACUCAAAGACCAGAAUCACAAGCUUCAUCAGGAGCAGAGUCAGAUUGGAGGGCCAGCCUGAUCCAAGCCAUCAACUUUGUCUUCAGUAAGGAGCGAGAGGGGUUACUGGCCGAACUGAGGACAUUUGUGGCCACGCACGGUGACCAGGGUCACUCAGAGAUACAGCAGCUGGAACAGAGGAUUAAAGAUGUGGAUGCUCGUCACAAGUCUGCCAUGGACCAGAUAUUCAGCGCAGACAGGCAGUCCCUGCUGGCAGAGGUACGAGACCUACAGGCACACAUCAGCAUCAUACGCCUGGGCCACCAGGAGGAGAAAGAGAGGCUGGCUGAGCAACUCCGCCAUGCUGAGGGUCAGCUGACCAAGAGGGAGAGGCAGUUGAAGAGACAGCUGGAAAUGUUGGAAUACAAGCUCCAGCAGGAGAAGGUGAUCUGCGAUGACGUGCGCUCCAGUCUGGAGAUGGAGAAGAAUCGCACCCUGGAGCUGUCAGGACAGCUGAGCAGAGAGAAGAGUAACUGCGUAGAUCUCCAGCUGGAGCUGUCCGAGGCUCUUUCCCAUCUCUCCAAGCUGAAAGAUACGGUAGACAGUCAGCAGAUUAAACACGCCUCUGUGCUUGCUUCUCUGGAAGAGGAAAAAUCUCAUAGCCGCCAUUUGAAAGAAGAACUUGAAAAUGAGCGGUACAGCAAAAAACAGCUGAGUGACUCUUUGAACGAAGAAAGGAGACGGAGUCUCAAUUCCAAGGAGAGAGAAACAAAAACCAUAGAGCAACUUCAAUAUGAGCUGGAUCAGGAGCGUGCCCUGCACACAGAGGUGAGGACGAGCUAUGAGAAGGAAAAGCUGUGUGUGGAAAACAUGCGCAGAGACCUUGAGCUGCAGGGUAACGAGGCGCGCAAGCUGGAGAACAAAUACAAGGUGAAGGUGGCAGAACUCAUGACAGCCUUGGAGAUGGAGAAGGCUAGGAAUGAAGAAUAUAACACUGCUCUACAAAGACAGCAAAGCGUCAGCAACCAGUUACAGACUGCCCUGAGCGAGGAGAGGAGCAGCCUGAACGAGUCCGCGCUGAGAGAGAGGGCGCUGAUAGCUGACCUGCAGGCCAUGCUGGAGCUGGAGAAGAGUAAAGUUCUGGACAUGCAGGCGGCCCUGGAGAGGGACAGGUAUAAGGUGACAAGCUUGAGUGCGAGCCUGGAGACCACUAAGACAGCAGCUGCAGAGGACUUGGAGAGGGAAAGAUCAGCCAGCAGACAGCUGAGGAAACAGAUAGAUACCCUACAGCUCCAGAAGCAAGACCUUCAGAGACAGCUGGACUUUGAGCGGGAACGUUCCAUCCAGCUCCAGUCUGAACACGACCGUGUCUUGGAGAACCUGCAAGCUGUGAAGGAGAAGGCAAUGAAAAAGGACGAAGAACGAGAUCUGGAAAGACAGCAUGAAAGACAGAGACAGAGAGAGAGUGACAGAGAGAGAGAACAAGACAGGCAGAGACAGCACGAGACAGAUGCAGAGGUCCAGCGCCUACGGAGUCGUGUCAGUGACCUUGAGGGUCAGCUGUCCGAGAGCCAGCGUAUUGAGCUCCAGACUGCCCAGGAGAGAGACCUGCAGAGGUUGAGAGCACUGUCCAGGGCCUCUGAUGACCUGGUGGACCACAUGGACAACUCUGUUGGAGGGGAUGAGAGUACAGCCCAGAGUCCCCGUGGAAGCCCUAAGAAGGAUCAACUGAACCUGUAUAAGAAGCAGCUGGAGAGUCUGCGUCAGAGGGUCCAGCUCCAGGUGAUCAGGCUCAGGGAGGAGGUGGACAAACUAGAACGUGAUAGUCAAGGCGUGGACAGGGUAGGUAGUGUGGACGCCAUUAAGAGGAGUGCUGCAGAGAUGAUUAAUGAGCUAGGACAGAUACAGACGGCUUUACUGCUAGACUCUCAGCCUGGCAGUGUGCCCAUUGGCUCCCCACCAGCCCACAUACUGAAUGAGAGAAUCCUCCGCCAUAACUCUGAACUGACAGCGUUCGUGUCGCGGCUGAGUCAGGAGAAGGCGGAGCUGAGGGACACGCUGGCAAACCUGGAGGAGGAGAUCUGGAGAUAUACACAGAGAGAGGGGGCAGGUUCACAGGGUGGAGAUCACAGAGAACGAAGGAGUUUGGACUCCGUGGAGAGUAUUCUGGCCACAGAGAGAGCCAAAUGGUCCCGCGAGAAGAGCUCCCUACAGAUGGCGCUGCGUGCUGCAGAGAAGGAUUUGAUACGCAGCAAGUCGGAGGUGAACCAGCUCCAGUUCAGACUGGACAGACUGCAGAGUGGACCAGCUGAAGAUGGUGCCACUGAUCCUGAUGUCAGGGAAAAGAUGCAGCGUCUGUAUGGGAAAUACCUAAGAGCCGAGAGUUUCAGGAAAGCUCUGGUCUACCAGAAGAAGUAUCUGCUGCUGUUGGUGGGUGGGUUCAGAGACUGUGAGGAGGAGACGCUGGCCACAAUAGCCAGGAUGGGCGGUCAUCCUCCUGCCCAGACCACAACGCUGACCCGCUCCCGUCACGGACGAGCCUUGACCAAGUUCAGGAGUGCGGUCAGGCUGGUUAUAGCCGUCUGCAGGUUAAAAUUUUUAGUCAGAAAAUGGAAGCGAGCUACAAAGGUGGGGUCUCCAGUGGUGACAGGAACUAUUCCUAAUGGUAGAGGAUAUAUGCCGACAGCAAACAGCUACACCCCACCCCCUGACUACAGCCCACCUACUUCAAGGUCACACCAAGGUCACAGCCCACCCACCUCAAGGUCACAUCCAGGGUACACUCAGCACACCUCCAGGCUGUAUACAGGGACCACCCCACCCACCAAGGACUCUAGUCUCAGUCGGUUUUCUCCCGUGUCAGAAUUGAUGACGAGUCCUGGCAGUGCAGGGCCACGCAGGCAAAUCCUGACAGCCCUGGAUCCUCCAUUGGAGCCCUCCCCCCCUCCCCCACCCACAGCCGAGGCCACGCCCACCUCCUCCCUCCCAGAUGACCUGUCCCUCCAUGAUGACUAUAUCCAGAGACUGGAGAACUUACAGCACAGGCUGGCACGAGGAACUCAGGGAUACAGAAGUCGGAACACAUUCCAGAGGAGGUAACACAUCACCCUCAGUGAUGGACUAGAACCAAAUGAUUCCAGCAAGAGAAAUUCACUGGCAGAACCAGGGAUUUUUAUGAAAGGAGAGGAGCAGGAGACAGUGGCAUAGGGUUAGAUUAUUUCUGCCAUACCUCAGACCUAUCUAUAGGCAAAAAAAAAAAAAGAAAAUUGGGAGAUAUCUUCCACCUUGGACUCUUUUUGAAAACUGAUACUCGGGCUUUACAAGUUCCAUUGUCUCCAAUAGUUUAUAUGGAACAGAGAAAGAGACAAAAGCUAUUUUUAAAGAAUCUGAUUUCAUGUUUUCUUUCAAAGCAGCUGAGGAAUAUAUUUUCUCAUUUUGUGAAAUAUUUAAAACAGACUUUAUUCCAAUAUUGGUGCUUGUCAUAUUUAUUGUACAUUAUAAAGAUGUCUUUGUAUUUAUUUAUAUAUGAGCGGUCAUUUUAGAAGGGCAAAGGAAAAAUGAUCUUGUGGAAUGGAAGAAAGUAAGCAAUCGAUAAUUAUCAUUUUAUCAUUCAAGCAGAUAGCUUAUAACAUCAUAAAAUUGAACUUACAUAGGAAGAUGAUACGGAGGUAAGUAAAAACUAUCUUCAGGAUUUUUUUGAAGACAGAACUUUAGUGACAUUUAAGCUGAUGUUACACUGAAAACUAGUGAAUUGAUUUAGGAAAUCUAUGUAGAAUUAUCCCUGAUACAGAUAUAGACAACAGACUGGUAGAGUACGCAGCAAGUGGUACAACAGAGUUGAUUGCAAUUGUAUAUAGCAAAGUCUUAGGUUUAGGUUAUUAUUGCUGCAGCCAUUAACUGUUCUGCAAUGCAUGUUAAACAUGUAUUGUCAUUACUGUAUUAAAGAGUGUGAAUUACUAGACUAACUGAAGUCCAUUCAGCAGAUUUUUUGUUAUUAGCCAAAUAAUAAGCUUAGCCAAAUCUGUAAAAGAUGUGAAAUUCGGCAAUAAAUUUAUAGAUGCUAAUGUAAACCUAGGGUAAGCCAGGGCUUCUAAGUGCUGAAGUAUUAGUACUGUAGCAAAGAGGACAUGUACUUGUAGAGGGACAUUCUCGGUGUUGUAAAUUAUCGAUAGAACAUUACAUUACAGUGUAUUAAGUUUACUUGUAUAAAGUGAAAACGGCAGCUUGAAUUACCCUUUUCAUUCCCAUUUUGUUGGUAUGAGUGGAACUGUAGAUUUGUUAUCUUUGAGGACCCAAUAUGUGCAACAUGGAUAAUUGCCAGGGCUUUGUAUUAAGUUUUAGAUUAUUAUAACAGCCUAAAAUGCUUUAAGAUUGGGUUUUGAAAUAAAUUCUGAUUGGAGUUUCAACAUAGCAAAUACCAGGUUCCAUGCAAAGUUCCAGCUAGAGUUCAUCCUCUGCCACAUACCAGUCAAGACGAUUG